AUGGCGAAAGGAGACUCGGACGACACACCGGUCCAAGUCACUGUGACAGAAGGCCCUUCUGCUCAGGAAUGGGCCUCAAUCAAGGGAGUGUUCGUCGAAUUGUAUGUACAUCAGGGGAGGAAGCUAUCUGACAUCCAACGCCUCUUGGCCGUUGAAUAUGAUUUUCACGCGACGGAGAAGGCGUACAAGAGACGCAUCACGCAGUGGAAAGCAUACAAAAACUACAAGUCGUCGGAAAAGAAAGCAGUCGCAGAGUCGUCGACCCAAUUUUCCGCAAUCCAUCAUGCCAUCCCUUCGGCCUCGCUACACGGGAAGCCUAUCAAGUGGGAUAGAAUCAAGCGCUUCAGCCGACCUCCAGGCGCCAAACGAUCGCGGCGAGCGGCCGGAGUACCACCGAUAGGAGAGAAGAUCCAGCUGGAUCUGCACCCUGACAAUUUGCGCCCGGCCGUAACCGUCGACGAAAGAAUCCUGUUCCUGACCAAGUCCUACUUGGAUUGGAACAUCUCCAAAUGGUGUCCUCUCGGAAUCGGCAAGUCCAGCCUAGAUGCCGACCACCAUCAAGGCAAGCUCAAGGCCCCAGGGGAAGAACCCUUCGCGCUCUUAUUCAACAAAUGCUUUUACAAUGCUAUUCCACUGCUGCUGACAAACAGAACGUUGGAGGCGUUCAGAGAAAUCAAUCUUGCAUGUAGUCUUGCAACGCGCUGUCUGCAGCUGUCGCCAUACUGGGUGUUUCUUCGGCUUCUGCGCUUAUACUCGUACCCUCUCUGGAGUCGCUUCCCGGACGUGCGUCGCCAGAUUGUCGGUUUCCUCCAGGCUUUGGCAUCUCGCACCCUUCCCAACGGCCACGCCCUCAAGCCAUUACUGGAGAUGUGGGUGCAGGAGGAAGUGGGGGCCGAUGCAGGCCGGGUAGCCUCCCUGCUUCGACUCUCUUCAGACACGUUCGGUCCAGCCAGCGGACUCGACGCCGAAGAAUGGGCGUGGAUUCAGGACGAAAUCUGCUCGCUCAACUAUCAGCGGAAGGAGCUGCAUGACGCCUUGCGAAUCGCCCGUAGGCUCUCGGAGGAUCCGAAGGUGCCCCGUGGCGUUCACAUCACGUCCCGUCAGAUGGUAGCACGGUACCACCUGCAGCACGGGCACAUCGACGAAGCGGAGUCCAUUCUUCUCCAAACACUGAGAACGUGUGCAGAGUGCGACACCGAAGACGAGAAGGCACGGUUCCUUCAACAGACAUACUCCGAUCUAGGAUACAUCUGGCACGUCAGACAAGAUCGAGUUCGCAGCCUGCAAUAUUAUGAGCGAGCGCUCGAGAAGGCUAUUCAAGUGAACAAUGGCGCGAAUACGAACUCGUUACGAUGUCGCAUUGAGACGCUUACGCUGCAGCGUGAUCAAGGCGAAGCCGUGAGCCAAACGAAUGAACAUCAAGACAGUAGUUGGGCACUGUGGGCGUUCUGCCGGCCGUAUUCGUGA